UGCGAGCUAUGUAACAUGGUGUUUAGCUCGCACAUGGUGACAAAAUCACACUAUCAAGGCAAAGUCCAUACAAAAAAUCUUCGUAAACAAGGUCUCCAGCCUCCUGGCAAGGACAGGUACACAGAGGUGUACACUUUACCGGGUCCGACUCAGGAUCCCGAUCAUGCUGACCAGGAGUCAACCCCAGAGGGUGGCAUGACACAUGUUGAGGAGGAAGCAGCCACCACAGCUACUCCCAGCACAGAAGUUGAUCUGAAGGACCCUAACAAGUGUUGUGCUCUGUGUGCUGCUUCCUUCAACAACCCUCAGAUGGCUUGGCAGCACUACAGUGGACGCAAACACCAGAGGAAUCAGGCCAGACAGGAGCUGAUCAAGGAGCUCAGACAUGACGUCCAGCAAGGAUCCAUGACUGAAGAGAAGUUACUGAAGCGUCUCCUCACUGAUGACUACUGCUACGUGUGUGAGGCUGUGCUGCUGUUUGAAUCUCAGCGACUGUCCCACUAUGAGGUUCUUCAUAAUAAUGUCUCCCUUAUCUCCAACCAACAUGCUCAGAAGCUCAAGGUGUACUUGCAAGCCAAGAGAGCUGAGAUGAAAAAAUGCUCUACAGGACCACAGGUGACCAAGACUGCUGACAAGCACCACUUCUGCGAGCUAUGUAACAUGGUGUUUAGCUCCCAUGUGGUGGCAAAAUCACACUAUCAAGGCAAAGUCCACACAAAAAAUCUUCGUAAACAAGGUCUCCAGCCUCCUGGCAAGGACAGGUACACAGAGGUGCACACUUUACCGGGUCCGACUCAGGAUCCCGAUCAUGCUGACCAGGAGUCAACCCCAGAGGGUGGCAUGACACAUGUUGAGGAGGAAGCAGCCACCACAGCUACUCCCAGCACAGAAGUUGAUCUGAAGGACCCUAACAAGUGUUGUGCUCUGUGUGCUGCUUCCUUCAACAACCCUCAGAUGGCUUGGCAGCACUACAGUGGACGCAAACACCAGAGGAAUCAGGCCAGACAGGAGCUGAUCAAGGAGCUCAGACAUGACGUCCAGCAAGCCACCUCCCUGACAUGUCAGACGUGUAGUGUGCAGUUUAACUCUGUGGAGAUGUACAAGGCCCAUAUGCAGGGAAACAAGCACCAGAUUAGGGAGAAGAAAGUCACUGACCUGUGCAAAUCCCAACAAAAAGUCUACAGCACAUUUGCAGAUGAACUGGCAGAUUACAUUCAGGUUCAGAAAGCUCGUGGAAUCACUCCCAAGACAAGUCAAGUUCUCCCACAGGACGAGACACAAAAGGAGGGUCAGGAAGAGGAAAAACAGGAACUGUUAAACAGGGAGGAUAUCAUAGAACUUAACAAACCUAUAGCCAAUUUCCCUCCCACCUCUAAUCCUCGUCAUCAGUCCCACCCUGGUUGGGUUAAUGACCUAUCUGGAGGGAUGCAUCCUCCAUAUCAGGGCCCAUGCUGGCCUCCUCAUGGCUGGGACUACAGCUACCCACCUCCAGUCCUCCCUGGCUCAGGUUCUCUACAGUUUACUACUCAGAACUUAAAGAGAAGGAGGUGCAGAAAGCAGUCAAGCUCCUCAUCAUUUACUACCUCAUCAUCUUACUCCUCCUCAUAUUCCUCCUCCUAUAGCAGCAGCACAAGUGACAGUGGUGACGGUGAAUACAGGCGCAGAAAAAGGAGGAAGAUUAGAAGAUCCAAAAAGGAGAGAGGCCAGAGGGUAAGAAAUGAGGGCUUAGACAAGGAGGAGAGGAGAAGAAAACAGCAGAGGAGGCAAAGAGAUAAUGAAUCAGUGGAGAGGAAAAGAGAGGAAUCUGGAGAAUCCGAACAAGAGAGCAGGAGAAAAAAGCAGCAAAGUCACGGCAAGCAUCGAAGGAAAGAAAAAAAAUCCAGAGAGGAGAACUUUGAGGAGGAAGGAGGGGAAAGGGUGACAGACAGUUUAAAGCCAGAAGACAUGAUGGACAAUAGAGAGGAGACUGAAGUGCAUAUUCAAGAUGGAGGACAGGAUGAACCAUUGAAACCUAAAAACCGGAAAGAGAAGAAGAAAAUGAAAGAGAAAGUAGACACUAGGACGGAAGAGGAGAAGCUAUGGGAUGACUCAAUUCUGGGCUGUUAGACUCACCAGGACCAGCUGAACUUUUGAACUGCUGUCAUUUAUUCAAAACAUGAGGUUACCAUGAGCAUGACAUUGAAAAUCACAACAACCAUGUACAUAAGAAGUAAUAGUCCUGGUAACAGUUAAUGAGUUUCACUCCCUCACAGAUAGUCCAAAAAUGUAGUUCUCCAUAGGUGUGCUAGCUGGCUAGCUGUUUUUAUUUAAUGUAAUGUAAUGCAUGUAAGGAAUGAAUGUAUAACUCUUAUUUCAGUGUGUUUGGAGGGGAUUCUCAUGUGGCCACUAUAGUAGCCUUAUUUGUCUCUAUGAGAUUUAAUAAUAUCAUUGAUUGAAUUAAUGUGCACAGCCAGCCAAAGUUGUUGGCUAUAAUAUUAUUUAAGAUCUCUUGUUUUCUUUCCUGUCAUUUGAAAUUAUAAAAAUUAACCUCUUAACACAUCAAUAAGCUAAUUUAUGGUUCCUUGUGUAUAUUUAAGUGUUCCUGGCGAGGAAGUUUGUGAUCCCUGAAGCGGCCUGUAGUGGGCAGUGUUGACCUUCAUUCAGAACAUCACUAAAGCAACUAAAACCCAUAGAUGCUGGAAGCUUAGU